CAAAACCCUAAACCAUCAAGUGCCAAAAAUAGAAUCUAUAAUCAAGAACAAUAAUCCUUGCUCCUCUAGCUAAAACUUACUAAAAAUGGCAAGCUCAGUUGUUUUCAAGUUAGCUGGUAUAAUGUUAUUGUGCAUACUGGUUGCUGCACCACUUACAGAAGCCAGUGUAACAUGUGGUCAAGUUACGAGCAGCCUCGCGCCCUGCAUGCCCGCGCUUACGGGUGGUGGUAGCCCAUCACCAGCUUGCUGCAGUGGGAUUAAGUCACUGAACAGCAUGGCUUCAACACCAGCUGAUAGGAAAGCUGCUUGUAGCUGCCUAAAAUCAGCCGCUGGUUCAGUUAAGGGUAUUAACUUGUCUGCAGCAAGUGGACUCCCUGGUAAAUGUGGUGUCCACAUUCCUUACCCAAUUAGUACUUCUGUUGAUUGCUCCAAGGUGAACUAGAUGACAACAUUCUAACCUUUAAAUUGAAGCCCUAAGAACUCCCUAAAUUACUAGUUCAUAUAUGUAUUGUGUACGUGUAUAAUAAUAAUAUAAUAAAACAGAGUCCAGAUGAGACUUGUCAAUAAUCCUUUGUACUUCAUGUAUCAUGCAACUUUCUGCAUGAGUAUAUUUUGAUCAACAUAUAUGAGCCUGUACUUUGCUAUAUAUGUGUUUGAUGGGUUUCUAAUACUCAAUAUUAGUUCCUAUGUUUUAAGUUA